AUGGCUACUGGAAAUCUUUUUCCUUCGCUAGUGAUCUUAAAAUCAAUAAAAAUAUUUCUCUUUAUAGUGUUUUUAGGAUGGCUUAUGAUUUGGGUCAUGUUGCCGACCAACACUUAUCGAAACAAAUGGACUCCAAAACUCCGCGCUGCAACAAAUUCUACGUACUUUGGUCGACAAGGUCACAGACCUAAUCCAGACAAUAUGUUGAUAUACACUGUUCCGGUACUACUACUAAUUUCUGUUGGAUGCGUUUACCUAGACUUGUUAAAGAAGAGGAAUGAUAAUAAGUCGUUCAACAGUAAUGGUAAAUUGAGUCGUAGUGGUCUUGAUUCAUGGAGGAAGCCGGUGAUUGUUAAGGGGCCUCUUGGGAUAUUUACUGCAAUGGAGCUAUCUUUUUGCUUGAUGUUUCUAGCGUUGGUGGUUUGGGCGUUUUCGAUAUACCUCAAGAAUGGCUUUGCUCUUAUUUAUGUACAUGAUGCAAAAAAGUGGCAAGCGAAGUUGGAAACUGUGGGUUUACGACUAGGGCUAGUAGGCAACAUUUGCUGUGCUUUUCUCUUUUUCCCAGUGACUCGAGGCUCCUCGCUUCUGCCUCUCGUCGGUCUUACUUCAGAGGCCAGCGUCAAGUAUCACAUUUGGCUCGGCCACAUCGUUAUGGUCCUCUUUACCUCCCACGGCCUCUGUUACGUUAUCACAUGGAUUUCUACGAACCAUGCUUCCAUGAUGCUAGAAUGGGCUACAGACGAGAUAGCAAACUUGGCCGGCGAGAUUGCUCUCCUCUCUGGUCUGCUCAUGUGGGUCACCACUUUUCCUCGUAUCCGACGCAAGAUGUUCGAGUUUUUCUUCUACACUCAUCAGCUCUACGUGGUCUUCUUACUCUUCUACUUGUUCCAUGUGGGCAUGUCUUUCUACUGCAUGAUUCUCCCCGGUGUCUACCUCUUCAUGGUCGACCGCUACUUGAGAUUCUUGCAGUCUCGGCGAAACGUUUGCCUUAUUUCAGCUCGCCUCUUGCCGUCAGAAACCAUUGAGCUCAACUUCUCCAAGAGCCCAGCAUGUAGCUACACGCCGAUGAGUACCGUGUUCAUCAAUGUUCCGAGCAUAUCGUCUCUUCAGUGGCACCCGUUUACGAUUAAUUCUAGUAGUAAUUUUGAGCCAGAGAAACUAAGCAUAAUCAUCAAGAAAGAAGGAAGCUGGACUCAGCAAUUGUAUCAGAAGCUUAAUCUGCCAUCCCUGGAACGUCUUGAUGUUUCCGUGGAGGGGCCAUAUGGUCCUGCUUCUGUAGACUUUUUAAGGCAUGAUGCUCUAGUAAUGGUGAGUGGCGGCAGUGGGAUAACCCCCUUCAUCUCCAUCAUCCGCGAGCUCAUGCACCAUAGCACGACCUUGGACGUACCAACCCCGACCGUCCUCCUCAUCUGCUGUUUCAAGACCUCGUCGGACCUCACAAUGCUCGACCUCCUGCUCCCCAUCUCUGCCCCUUCCUCCGACCUCCUCUCCAAACUCCCCCUCCAAAUCCAAGCCUUCGUCACCAGAGAAACCUCCCCCUCCCCCGACACCCAACGAAAGCCCAUCCUAACCCUCUGGUUCAAGCCCCACCCCUCCGACUUCCCCAUCUCCCCCGUCCUCGGCCCCAACUCCUAUCUCUGGCUCGCUUCCAUAAUAUCCUCCUCCUUCGCCGCCUUCCUUCUGCUCAUCAGCAUCUUGACUCGAUACUACAUCUACCCUAUCGAGAGCACGGGCACAACCUACCCUCUCAUGUCACAGGCCCUGUUGAACUUGCUAUUCGUUUGUGCGUGCAUCGCUGCAGCGUCCAGUGGCGUGGUGCUGUGGAACAAGAAGAGGAGCAGCAUGGAGGUGAAGCAAGUGCGGGGAUUGGUCAGCGAGAUGAGGCCACAAUCGUCACCGCGCUCUUGGUUCUGUAACGGGGAUCGGGAGUUUGAGAGUUUGCCGAGUGAGUCCCUUGCGCAGGCUACUACAGUUCAUUACGGCAAAAGGCCUGAUCUCAAGGAGAUGAUUUUGGGCGCAGAGGGAUCCAGCGUAGGCGUGAUGGCGAGUGGUCCCAGUGGACUGCGUCGACAGGUUGCGGGCAUUUGUGCGGCGUCGAAAGAUGAGAAUGUGCAUUUCGAAUCGAUAAGCUUUACCUGGUGA